AUGUCUGCGGCCGAGCAUUUUGACUACGACAUGGCUAUGUGGCUUGACUCGGAGGCGAUAUUUGUCGCGCCAGGCGAAAUCAGGGAUAUCUUUGAGGGACAUCUGCAAAACCCUAUCGUAUGGCGCUCGAGAAUGUCAUUCCAGGACCGCGAGAAGUUUCUGAUGAGCAAAGCAGCGGCUACUCUCGGGCGGUCUAUCGAUUCUUUCGGUGAUCAACUUUGGUUGUUGGAAUCUCUCCAGUGGAUCAUCGAGAAGCCUAUAUGGAAUGACAUGGUCUCAUCCAUUGAGAUGGCGCACGGUGGAAACUUUUGGGAUAUCUGGAUUGAGAACUCUUAUCCCUUUGAAUUGUUGGUAUACUACCUGCACAUCAUCGCACGCAAGAUGGAGACAGCCAAUUCGAUAUUCUCGAAUUAUCGCAUCUUAGAAACGGAGCGUGAGCUUAUUCGCUUUGGACUAGCUGAAUCUAUCUCGGCAAUGGAGGGUAGAAGAGGAACAGGAUUUAUGGAACGACUCCCUCAUCUCAUUACCAAACCGCAUUCAGUCUUGGCACCGAACUUGAUAUCAUUUUGUCAAAGCUACUCUCUUCGCGCGUUGCGAAUGGAUAACAUGGAUAACUUUGAAGAGAGUGCCCUGGACAGUUUCCUGAUUGAUGGAGACGUCAAGAUGCUGGUGUCGGGAGCACCAGACAUUCACAAGUGGUGGGAUGACCGGAUAAAGAAUGGCGAGAAUAUCGGCGACACAGAAACUGAUUAUAGUUAA